AUGCUCUACAAGACUUUGGCUGCUGGCGUUAUCGCCUUUGGCUUGCCCACCUUCGCGUCGGCCACCUUGAUCUUUACUACCUCCAUGGGUACCUCUGUGACGAAUCCUGGAUUUCUUAGCACGAUCAAGUAUACGGACGGGAAGCUUGAGGUCAUCAACAAUCAGACCAGCGUCUGUGGCGUUAAUCCUUCAUGGUUGGAAUUUGCCGGCGACCACAUUUACUGCCUCGAUGAGGUUUGGGCCAGCGGCUCAAUUGGCUCCCUCUACAACUUUCAGGUCACCAGAGAUGGCACAAAUCUCACGCAGAUCAAGAAGCUGGAUACGCUGGGAGGCCCAGUGAGCACCGUCCGCUAUGGAAAGAGUCUCAAGGGACUGGCUAUUGCCGCCUAUGCGGGAGGAGGUUUUCAGUCAUUCGAUAUCUCGAAUCCCGCCGCCCCCAAGGCUAUCCAAAAUAGCACUUUUACAAUCUCACAGAAGCCUGGCUCCGGUGCCCAGCAAAAAACAUCACAUCCUCAUGAGGUCAUCCUGGACCCUACCGGCGACUUCAUUGCAGCGCCCGAUCUUGGCGCGGAUCUCAUCCGCAUUUUCAAGGUAGACAAGAAUACCUUGAAGUAUGUUGAAUCCAAACCGGUUCCGACACCCGAUCAAUCCGGCCCAAGGCAUGGUGCUUUCGUUAAGCUCGACUCCGGGACCUACUUCUACGUCGUGACCGAGCUCUCCAACCAGAUCAUUGGGUGGAAGGUUAAUUAUAAGACCGACACCCUUGACUUUGGUGAAAAGCUGUUUAUCAUUCCAACCCACGGCCCCAAUACUUCGGUUCCUCCAGGCACCGCUGCUUCAGAGCUCGUUAUCUCGCCCGACAGCAAGUUCUUGUUGGUAGCGUCACGCAACGAAACAACCUCAUUGAUGGACAUCCCCAACCCGGAGGACAAGGCGGCGGGACAGAUCAAGUCAGACCCCAUCAUCAACUACGCAAUCCAGUCAAACGGCACCAUCAGCUUUCAACAGGUUUUCGGUGCGGGUGGUAAAAACCCGCGCCAUUUCUCCCUCAGCAAAGACGGCUCACUCGUCUUGACCGCGUUGCAAGAUGACGGCCGUGUUGCCCUCAUCAAGCGUGACGUCCAAACUGGAAAGCUCACGGAGUUCAUUGGUGCUGUCCAUCUCGGUGGACUGCCCACAUCUGCCAAGUUCAAGGAGUAA